AUGACACCAUCCGACAGCAGCGACUCGUCCGGGGGGGAUCUCAUCUAUACGCCUCCUGGAACUGAGUCCCCUCUACCUCUCACAACGGCCUCUGCCGCGACCUCCAAAGCCCCCUUGCGUCCUUCGAGCCCCUUACGUCUAAACUCCCUCCCCCCAGCUAUAAAAGACGAAUUCCGGGCCGAACGACAGCACAGUCGAGGAGUACACUUCAAUCUGAAUGACGAACCUAUAGACGACGGAGGAAACGACGACGACGAAGACGACGACAUGGACGGGAGAACGCCCAUGCAUAGGCCUACGGGCCCAGAAUCGCAUGAGCCGCUACUAGGGGAAGAUAAAAAAGCGAAUACCAGAGGUCGACCGGAGUCUCCAAGUCUCCAUGGCUCAGCCAGACCAGCAGCCUCGUCCCGGAGGAGCACAUUCCGUUCGCGAUCACCCUCAUACGCCCAACCCGAAGACAUGGUUCGGCGGAAAUACAUCUACGCCUCCUUCUUCCUCAUCCUCUCCCUCAUCUCCUUUGUCGUCCAGACGGAAACUGCGGUGUAUAUUCAACACGAACUGAAAUGGGACAAGGCAUACUGCAUGAUGUACCUGACACACGGCUCCUGGAUAUGCCUCUGGCCCGUCCAACUCAUCUUCCUCCGGAUACAGAAACGAAAACUAUCCUGGUCUGCGUUCUGGCGGAGACACGUCUAUCUCCUUCGCUCUACAGCGCAAAUGGUCCGCUCUCAAGAACUACAUCUCUCAAAGUCCACCACUUUGAUCUCCCCAUGGCCCUACAUGAUCAAAGCCACCGCCUUCAUUACCACGUUUCUAACCAUGGCCGGAGGAUCGUGGUAUGUUGCUGUCAAUUUAACCUCCCCAUCCGACCUGACGGCCAUCUACAAUUGCUCCGCCUUCUUCGCCUACGUAUUCUCCAUCAUGCUCCUCAACGACAAACUACGCUUUGACAAGGGCCUCUCGGUCGCACUCGCCAUCAUUGGCGUCCUGGUUGUCGCAUAUGGUGACAAAGACGACACCACCCCGGGCCCGGGAACGGCGAACCCUGGUGCUGAAAAGGGAUUCGGAACAAAACUUUUGGGAAACAUCAUAAUUGGCAUUGGCUCGGUCGCGUAUGGGUUUUAUGAAGUUCUUUACAAACGCUUCGCCUGCCCCCCUGAAGGCACCUCUCCGGGCAGGGGCAUGAUUUUCGCAAACACAUUUGGCAGCAUGGUCGGAUUCUUCACCUUGACCGUUCUCUGGAUUCCUUUACCUAUCCUCCAUUGGACCGGGCUGGAAACAUUCGAGAUCCCCAGUGGGCCAGCAGCCCGGUUGCUCGCCAUCUCGACCCUCUCCAACGCCGUCUUCUCCGGCUCUUUCCUCGUCCUCAUGUCCCUCACGUCGCCGGUGUUGAGCUCCGUCGCCGCACUCCUCACGAUCUUCUUGGUGGGUAUCACGGACUGGAUCAUCACGGGGAAACCACUCAGUGCAGCGGCCCUCGCUGGUUGCGGCUUGAUCAUUAUCGCGUUUGUAAUGUUGAGUUGGGCCACGUACCGGGAGAUGAGGGAAGAACAGCUGAAAAGGGAAGAAGAGGAAGAGAAUAAAGUGUUUGAUGAUGACGACGAUGAUGAUGAAGGUGAUGAAGAGCCCGUGUCUUCAAGCAAUAGAAGGAGGGCCAGUUGA